AAACAUAACAUAUGCGCUCUGAUCAUCUCCUCAUAUCGACAGAUCCGUACGUGCGGAUCGCCGUAGAUUUCCAGCACAUUCGCUAUUUCAGUCGCGAGCUAAAAGUCGCGUCUGCCUUUCACCAAACGUUUUUUUCCCCUUCCUUUCAGACGGAACGUUCAUUCUUGGCUCGUCACAUGUUGACGCUUCCCGGUCGCAGCAUAUCGGGUUUAUGCAAAGAAAACACAGAGACUGUAAAAACACACAUCUAGCCAGACACAAUCUUGCGUUCGGUUCUUAAACGCUAAAAGCGCUUCGUGCUCAAACGGGGAAAACUGGAAACCGCAGCAAGAAUAAAGCAACGAGAGCGCGAGGAAACCGGAGAGGAGGGGCGCGUGUGCGCGUGCGUUUCCUCUCCGCCGCAAGAAUCCAGAGAGAGAGAGAGAGAGAGAAGAAAGGAAAGCAGCAGCAGCUCCACGCCACUCCUUUGUUUUAGGAAAUCGCUUGAAUCUAUCGAAGGACUGGAAUGAUGCAUCGCGUUUCUCUCGCGUUUUUCCGCGACGCCUGUUUUUAAAGGCGAACUUGACGGUUUUGUGUUUUAUUUGGUGGAAGAGCGUUUGAGAUCCGAGACCUUCGGACGCAUUACGCGUUUCCUUCGCGUUCGUCCUCCACGCGCUAGACUCGGUCUCCACCGUUUUUAAGUUCCACAUCUUGUGAUCUUCUCAGUGUUCCGACGCUCGCUGGGUUCUUCUGCUCGGGUUCGCGUCCAGGCCUCAGAUACUCGCUACUCUUCAAAGGCCUUUAAUGCGGCACGCGCGCGUCACAUUGUAACGGGUUUCCACGCGUCAGAUGAGCGUCGGUUCUGAUCCUCUGCAGAACUCCUCGUCUGCGUUAUUCGCUCUUCAUACGCAACAUCUGCGGCCCUCUUCAAUGUUAAUGUCGACCGACGUCGCAUCUGUGAUGCUGCCCGUGAGCCACGGGAUCCUGGAGCACGAGCGGGAUCUGGACUCCGGUUCGGCGGCGGCUCGGGGGAUGAAGCGCGGGGAUCCGGAGCCGGAGGGCGGCUUGGCGGCGGGGGAUUCGAUCGGGGCUGAAUGCAAACGAGCGCGGAUGGACGGUACCGAGGACACCGGACAGGGUUCACAGGACAUGAUGGGAGCUGUGGAGGGUGUGGUGGCUCCGUUCUCCUCCUUCCCUCCUCCUCCGCCUCCUCCUCCUCAGAACGGCCUGGCGCUGGAGUUUGGGGGCCAAACGGAGGCCCCUGCAGGGGUCAGCAGCACCCCCUCCUCUAACCCCAGCACUCAAAUGUCGGACAGCUCUACUCAGGCAGAGCUUCAGUGUGUUCCUGUCAGUGCUUCGGGCAGCAGUGAGUCCGAGGCUAAAGGGACCCCGAAGCGGCUCCAUGUUUCCAACAUCCCCUUCCGCUUCAGAGACCCAGACCUGCGGCAGAUGUUCGGGCAAUUUGGAAAGAUUCUGGAUGUGGAGAUCAUUUUCAAUGAGAGGGGCUCAAAGGUAAGAGAGCGUUUUAAACACGGGACCAUCGUGGAGGGACGGAAGAUCGAGGUCAACAACGCUACGGCUCGAGUGAUGACCAAUAAGAAGAUGGUUAGCCCGUAUGCUAACGGAGAAGGCCUCAGCACGCUGCCCUACGCGGGGUGGAAGUUGAGUCCAAUGAUGAGCGCGAUGUACGCACCGGAGCUCUACGCAGUUCCAGGGUUUCCGUAUCCCACCACCGCAUCCACCGCCGCAGCUGCAGCCGCCAGCUUCAGAGGAGCACAUCACCUGCGGGGUCGAGGCCGGCCUGUGUACGGAGCGGUGCGCGCCGCGGUCCCUCAGCCAGCCAUACAGGCCUACCCCGGUGUGGUGUACCAGGAUGGGUUUUAUGGAGCUACAGAACUGUAUAGCGGCUACACUGCGUAUCGUUACACUCAGCCGGCGGCGGUAGCGAGUCCAACAGCAGCAGCGGCAGCGGCUUACAGCGACAGCUACGGUCGCAUGUACGCAGCAGAUCCGUACGCGGCUGCGCUAGCGGCUUCUCCAGCGGCGGCGGCGGCGGCAGCAGCGUAUGGAGUCGGUGCGAUGGCCACUCUCUACAGAGGAGGAUACAGCCGCUUCUCACCAUAUUAAUACACUUCCAGAUUCACCGUCUCUCUGAAACUUCAACAGCUGCUGACCUCGGAGAGAAAAUCCAAUCACACUCUUGGACAAAAGAAAAGCGAAACGCGUCUGUUACGAACGAACUUUGAAUAAGGAAUGCAACCAUAAAUCAGUACAUCGAAGGUGUUUUUUUUUUCGUUUUGUUGUUUUUUUAAAAGGAAACAUGACGACGUCGAACACUAAAUGAAAAGAGAUCUCUGACUGAGAAGCAAAUAAUUUCUUCCUCUGGCUCGUCUCUCUGCACAGAUGCAUGCAGUAACGGCUCUAGACUGCCUCUAGUGGCCAUUGAACUACAUGUGCACCGAGCGUCAGGACUGCAGUGAACACAUUUACGUCACCCUUCACUGUCUCACACUACAAUAAUCAUCAAUAUUCUUUAAGAAAUAUAGACCUUCGUCCGGACCGCUCUUAUCUCCGUUUUAAGGAUCAUCUUGAAAUGAAAUUGGUGGAUCCCAUCAGCUCUGUAAGGGAGGACGAUGCUAUGAUCCCAAAUACAGCCACGUGAUGAGAGACUUCCAUCGUGGUUUUCCUCUCUCUGGAAAGAUCAUGGAUGAAAGAAACUCCAGCAGCUGUAACCGAUCACUGAAGCGUGACGCACACAACGGGACGACGUGUCAUAAUCAUCCGUCUUGCUGAAAGCUUUGUGUUCUUUAAACUGUACCUCUGUUCAGACCAAUUUCAAGAAGCGUACCUUUAAAAUUAAAUAGUCAUUAUAUGCAAGUAAACUAGAAUAGACACAAAAUUUUACCAAA